UUUCUCAAUCAAACGCAAAAAGCAUUCCACUUUUCCAUCGCCAAAGAACCCUUGGGCAGGUCUAUCCUGUUAACCGUGUUUAUUCUAGAAGAAACUAUCGGCAACGCUCUUCUAUUAGGGCUCCUUUGGUACCAACGUCAUGGCCAAGAUCUCAAACGAACUUUGUAUAACCAAGUGUUCCACAUGACCUUCAGUUGUGUGCUCCUCACCAAUGUGACUACCCAAGUCGUGGGUUUCAUCGUCAUCUUUUACAACCCUGGAUUUCCAGAAUGGUUCUGUUGGACCAGAGAUCUCGCCGUCAAGUUCACGCUAAUCUAUGGGUCUCUCUUUGCGGUCCAACUCUCUAUAUUGAAGUAUUGUUACGUUGUCUUGUGGAAACGAGUGAUAUGCAUGGACGAUGACUUUUUGGCUACGUACUUGCUGGUCCUGAAUGCGUUCUUUAGCCUUUUGGGCGCCUUAUUAGACCACUAUUGGAACGGCCCACACCUGGCUGAUAUGUGCCUUUGUAUGGAUGUGGAUUGGUCCAAUCACUACCAAUAUCGAUUCGCGGAUCACACCUCAGGAGAUAUUUUCUUUGUGGGCCUUUGUUUGUUGGUGGAUAUGGGAAUUUUUAUACGAAUCAACAUCGAUAACUGCGUAUCCCAUUCAAAGAGGAACACCGUGGUUCCAUUUGAAAGUGAUGUGACUUCACCUACCGAAAGUUGCUUUGACAAAUUGCGAGGUGUGUAUGGGUGGCGUUACAAAGGACCUCACGUUUCCUUGGGGAUGACUUCUCUAACGCAUUGGUUGUUUUCGUUCUCCGUGGUGCCCCUUGGGCUUAUGCCUCUUCUCUAUGAGGAAGAUCCUGGAGCCUUGAACAAGUUCCCGGUGAGCUUGUAUUACAUCUUGGCUUACGAUGGACCAAUAUUGCUCUUAUACAUCCUGAUUCCUUUGGCUUAUUAUUGGAAGCACCCAAUGAUACUCAAGACCAUUCUACACGGCCUAAAGGAUGACGUGAAAGAAUUGCGUUGCUCGUUCUAGACCACAAGCACAAAGUAUUGAUGUGUUGUUUUUCAGCCCUUGUUAGGGCGGCUUUCUACUAGGAUGGAAAACUGAGAUUGAAUCCGGUUUGAGGAUUCAAGUUGGAGUAGCGCUGGGGCGAGUUCGGCAAAAGACUUGAGUUCAGCCACGGACUUCUAGAAAUAUGGACUCCGAACGAGCUUCCCGGCAAAUCGGCCUGCUCUUGGUCAUAGCCACUCUGAGCCACUUUUCGAAUUACAGUAAUAAAAUAAGAAACGUAGAUCUCUUCAAUUAACGGAAAGUCAAUUUUAUAUCAUUUUCAUGCAAAGUCGAUCGUUUCAAAGUUAUGUUGUCAAAAGCUUAUGUAGCUGACCAAGAGCAGGCCGAAAAUUCAAAUUUUAUGUAGUGUUUACUGCAUAAUUUUGACAAAGUCUCCUGAGUUCCCUAAGCAUAGGUUUAGGCUCAAACUUGGCUGAGUUCAUCUAUUCAACAAGACCUUGGGGUCGUAUGAAGUGUUUAUUUGGAAUAAGAUGAGCGGUUUAGGAGAUAGGAUAUUUUUGCUUCCGUUUGCAGUCCAUAUCUCUAGAAGUCCGUGGUCCAGCAAAGGAUCCCAGUCUUUCACUGUACUCUAGACUUAGGGGGGCUUUACACUACGAUGGAAAAUCAGGAUUGAACCCGUUUGAGGAUGGAAGUAGGACUAGUG